AUGGCGGACCCAAGAAUGGAACGUAUGGAGCAGCAAAUCUCUAACUUGCAGAAGAUGCUAGAAAGCUUCAUGAAAACUUCGACAGAGCAGACAAAGAAAUUGGCGGAAAAAAUAGACGAUGGGCGAAGCAAAGGGAAGAGUGAGUCAGGAGAAAAUUCCACAGCCAAAAGUCGUGGGAAAAAUUCCUCUUCCAGUUCAAUUGUGUCGAAAAUAGCUAAACUGGAUUUUCCUAAAUACAAUGGGGAGAUUGACCCCACAAGCUGGAUCUGUAGGGUUGAGCAAUUCUUCGAAUUUAAACAAAUAGAGGAUGAGGAGAAAUUACCUCUGGCAGCAUAUCAUCUUGAAUCAGAAGCGCAGAUGUGGUAUCAACUCUUCAAAGAAAGUGAGGAGUUUUUGACUUGGGAAUCCCUAAAGGCGGCUCUCCAUACCCGCUAUGGGCCAACAGCGUUUGAAGACCACUUCGGUGACCUCACCAAAUUACAGCAAACUGGAUCGGUGAAGGAAUAUCAACUCCAAUUCGAACAUCUACUUAGUCGAGUGGGUAAGUUAUCAACUCAACACCAACUAGGCUGCUUUGUAAGUGGAUUAAAAGGAAACUUAAGAACAGAGGUGCAAGCCGCACGACCCACCACGGUGACGGAGGCCAUUGGGUUGGCGCGAUUGUAUGAAGCAAAAUAUGAAGCGAAAAAUUGGAGUCUAAAAAAACCCCCAAAUUCAGAGGACAAACGCAUGAACCAGUGGGCAGUAACCCCCCCUCUUCCAUCUGAGAAUUUAACUCAGAGCAAGCCACCACCCACCCAACGAUUGUCCCCUGCGGAGAUGCAAGACCGAAGAGCCCAAGGAUUGUGCUUCAAUUGUGACGAAAAAUUUGUUCCCGGCCAUAGGUGCAAGAAGUUAUUUUUGAUUGAAGGCGUCUAUGCGGAUGAAGAAAAUUGGGAGGAGGUAGAUGUGUUCGAAGAAAGGAGGGCCGAAGAACCAAUAAUCUCCUUACAUGCCAACACCGGAACACCCACGUCCCAGACGAUGCGAGUAAAGGGGGCACUAGAAAGCCAUGGAUUGACGGUGUUGAUGGAUACCGGGAGCACCCACAACUUUCUCAAUGCCCGCGUGGCGGCACAGCUGGGGCUAAGUCCCACCCACACCGGAAUGCUACGGGUCACAGUGGCGAACGGCGAACGCAUGAGCUGUUCCGGUCAGUGUGCUGGGAUGCUGUUGAAGAUCCAAGGAGAGGUAUUUGUGAUUGAUUUCUUCUUGCUGCCCUUAGAUUUGUGUGAUAUUGUGUUGGGAAUGCAGUGGUUGAGAACCUUGGGUCCGAUCCUAUGGGAUUUUGAAAGAAUGUUUAUGAGGUUUACCUGGAAAGGAAGAGAAGUAGUGAUAAGAGGGAUGAGGCCACCAUUAAAUCGUGUGGUGGAGGAGAGGAGCUUGAGCAGAGAGCUGAAAAGAAAGGGAGAAGGUUGGGUUUGUCAGAUAAGGGCACAUGAGAGGGAGAACACGUAUGAAGGCUUAUUACAGUGUAUUGUAUUAGGUGCACAAAGGGGUGGGCCGAGUUCUACUGAAACACAAUUGGGCCUGGUAUUAAAAGAAUUUCCAGAAAUCUUUGAGGAACCACAAGGUCUUCCACCCAAUACAGCUCAUGAUCACAAUAUCCCACUUAAGCCAGGAAGCGGCCCAGUUAAUGUGCGGCCUUAUAGAUAUCCUCAUUACCAGAAAAGUGAAAUUGAGAAAAUUGUCAUGGGAUUGCUACAGUCAAGGGUGGUCAGGCCAAGUACAAGUCCUUAUUCCUCGCCAGUGUUGCUAGUAAAAAACCGUGAUGGGUCAUGGAGGCUAUGUGUGGACUACCGAGCACUCAACCAAGUAACAAUCAAAGAUAAAUUUCCCAUCCCAGUGAUUGACGAACUCCUCGACGAACUUAAUGGGGCCCACAUCUUCUCCAAGCUAGAUCUCAGAUCGGGCUACCACCAAAUCAGAAUGGCGAAGGAUGACAUUGAAAAGACUGCAUUCCGAACUCACCACGGUCACUACGAAUUUCUCGUGAUGCCGUUUGGUCUAACAAACGCACCUUCCACUUUUCAGUCUCUUAUGAACAAUAUUUUUGGGGACUUUCUACGAAGGUAUGUCUUGGUUUUCUUUGAUGACAUUUUAAUAUAUAGUAAAACAUAG